UCAAUAACAUGGAGUGGCAGUCCGAUCAGUUUUGUGGAAUUGACGCAGUUCCAGCAACAAAAGAUAUGUUUUGGACUCCAGAUAUUAUUAUCAAAGAAAGCAUCAAAACAGAGUUUGGAACAAAGGAGUCUCCAUAUUUGCAGUUGCUCUGGUGGGACCUGUCAGUCUCAGUUGAUAUUUUAGCUCUGACUACUGCUUGUAAGAUGGACCUCUACAGAUUUCCCUUCGACACCCAAAUCUGCAAUAUAACACUUCACUCUGCAGUGCAUUCAAUUGGUGAGCUUACCAUCGAUCCAUUUUCUGAUAAUAAAAACAUUACGCAUGAAUCCAAGGAGUUCUUUCAAGCCCAGGGAGAGUGGGAACUCCUCAGUAUAGAUGCUUCUAAAUCUAAUGCCACUCUUCUAGAUUAUUUACAGGAUCUGCUGAUAUACAAGAUCACCAUCAAGAGGAGACCUCUACUGUAUGUCAUAAACAUUAUAAUACCAGUAUUUUUCUUCCUUGUGCUGGAUGUGAUGUCCUUCUUCAUUGACGCAAGUGGAGCAGAAAAGCUGAGCUUUAAAGUGACUUUACUGCUGUCUAUUUCUGUUUUGCUGCUGAUUCUUAACGACACGCUGCCCUCUACAGCUAAUGAAAUCCCAUUGAUUGGCAUUUACUGCAGUGUGAUUUUCAGUCUCAUUGGUUUCAGCAUUCUGGAGACCAUCCUUGUGUCUUUCCUGAUGGCUAAAGGAGCCGAGAAGAGAUCAGUGGAAAACACAGCUGCUGUUAGUGGCCGAGAUGAUAUUGUAAGAGACCUGCACAACUCCCCAGACUCAGUUAGAGAUCAGAAUGGGAUGCAGAGAUGGAUUCGAGUGGCAAGAAUCAUAGAUGUGACCUUCUUGGUUCUUUAUUUAAUUACCAUUAUUGUGUUUCUGACCAUGCUUGGGAAGAGCUGGGUUUCAUACUGAUGUCUCGUAUACAUGAAA